CUGCUGCCGGGAUUUGUGGGGAGUUAUUCAACUCCUCACAUUCCCCCCUUACUUCGGGAAAGAUUAAGAAACUCAGCGCUCCCACUCUCCGGCGUUCCCUUGUAUAUCCUAGCCAUUGAGUCAGGGCGCAUCUCGUUCCGGUUCCCUCGGUGCUCCCUCGUUGCUCCCUCGACGUUCCCUCGACGCUUUCCAUCUUAUUUCCUUUCCACAGCGCCGGUCGUCCUCCGUAUAGCAAUUUCGAAUCUCCCGCGCCGAUCCUCCAUCUGUUCCCACUGGGCACCGAUAUUAAUCAGCUAUCGAUACCCAGAGGGCCUGCUCACGAUAUUGAUAUCGCAGGUGCGGCGUUGCCACUUGCGAGCCGCGAUGUUCAUCAUCACCGAUAUUUCCAUUUUCUUGUGCCCAUCGAUCGCACUAUCGUCCAGUGCCAAUCGACCGCCUAUCGAGGCGCCCCCUUCCCUGUUGAAUGGUGAUUCUGCAAAUUGUUUAUGCCCGUGCACCGGUCGGCAGAAGUUUAGUUUUUUUCUACCCCUUAGCCCGGCGUUUCCACUUGUCCUUGCCACUACGUUGCCUUUGUUGACCACGAGUGCCCUUUCAGACUCCAGCAGCUGUGCUUCCUGGUUUGGACCCCGAUCCGGCCCGCGAUCCCGUCUCCUCGUCUGGGCAUGAUGCCCUUCUCUGUGAUGCUUGGCCACUUUCGGUACAGCUCUCUCAGCU